UUUAUUCUUCAUUUAUUUCAGACGUAGUUAUUCAUUCGUUAAUUAAAGUUCUUCGUUUCAAGUGUUCUCAUACACCUUCUGCGCCAGUGUGUGUAAAGGUGGUACAACGUUCGUUAAAUUUUUUUUCUAAAAAUUCGAUCACUUUGUUUGUUCGUUCAGUUAGAAUAAUUCAUCUUAACAACGAUCAAAAUGUUCAAAUCGAUUGUCAGUCUUUUCUUGGUUUUCGCCGUGGUGAUCGGUAAAAGCUCGGGUGCUGAAUUCUGCUACAGCGAAGUCGUCAGUGCUUGCAGCUUAGCUGGAGGCGAAACCCAAAACUGUACUGCUAAAUAUGGAGCUACUCAUACGGUGCUCAAAGAUCUUCAAAAUUAUGCUAAUCUUCAUAUCACCCGAAACUGGCAAUUCAUGUUGAUGUCUUCUCAUUUCAACAACUACGUCAAGAAUCGUGAAGGAUUCGGCAAGCUUUACAAAAAAUACUCCGACAAAUCUUGGGAAGACUCGAUCGAAUUAAUUAAAUACAUGGCUAAAAGAGGAGGUGCCCACGACUUCAAAUACAGAAAAGAAAUGCCCAGCGAAAUUCUUUCGAAUACUUUGGUUUGGGGAACUCCUGUUUUGGAAUUAGACGAAUUACCAAGUUUGGCUAAAGCAUUGGGUAUGUGGAAAACCGUCGCCGAAGAAGCUCAUUAUAUUCACGGAGAAAUCAGCAACCACAGACAAGGUUACCAUGAUCCCGAAACUUCCUCGUAUAUUGAAAAUGAAUUCGCCCACGAACACGCUGAAAUUAUUCGAGAACUUGCCGGACACACCAAUGAUUUGAAACGUUUGGUUCAUGAAACUCCAGAUAGCAGUUUGGCUGUAUUUUUAUUCGAUAACUAUUUACAAAAAUCCGCUUAAAAUGUACCUUAACGAUCAAACGACUCCGUAAUACUUAUUCGCGUAUUUCACACCAUUUUUUUAUUUUUAUUUUCUUCCUAAUUUUACCCUGGCGCGUUUCUUAUCGAUAAUUAUACUUAGAACAGAAAUGUCGCCGUAUCUUUACGUCUUUUAUUUGUAUACUUAAACCAUUUUCGUCGAAUUGUUCUUUCUUUUUUGAUUUUUUUUUAAUUACUCGAGUGUGAUUUAUAUACCUAGUUUUUAUAUUGAAAUUAUAAGGUGAUUAUUGCCAUAAUAAAUGUUUAGUCAUGAAA